AUGAGGGCAGUUGGCCAGAGCGAGCCCCGGACCACGGCCUUGUUCUGGGGGCCCCCUUUGAUCUCUGCAAACGUUGAAAACUCCGGGGGGAGGUGGCGGGCAGGUGGCAUGGCUUCUGAGACAACCUGCGUGACCAGGCGUUGCUUAGGCCAGGCUGAAGUCCCUCGGCAGUCCCGGCCUGCCCCAGCCUCUUGUCUGGUCCCUCCUCCGCAGGGUGCCGUGUUCUGGAAGUUUGACCUGCACACCAGCUCCCACAUCGACACGCUGCUGCAGAGGGACGACCUGGUCUUGGCUCAGCUCCUGGACGAGGAGGACGUGCUGCAGGAGUGCAAGGUGCCGCACCCCAAGCUGCUGGACUACCUGCUGUGGCCGGCCCAUCUGCAGGCCCUCGUGGACUGGGUCACGCAGGAGCCACCAGCCGCCGGCGACGAGCGGCUGCGGUACAAGUACCCCAGCGUGUCCUGUGAGAUCCUGACCUCCGACGUCCCCCAGAUCAAUGACGCCCUCGGGGAGGAUGAGGCCCUGCUGGGCCGCCUGUACGGCUUCCUGCAGAACACAGGCCCCCUGAACCCCCUGCUGGCCAGUUUCUUUAGCAAGGUCAUGGGGGUCCUGAUCAACCGGAAGACGGGCCAGAUAGUGUCCUUCCUGCGGAACAAGGCCGACUUUGUGCCUUUGUUACUUCAUCACAUCGGGACGUCUGCCAUUAUGGACCUGCUGCUGAGGCUGCUGACCUGUGUGGAGCAGCCGCCCCUGAGGCGGGAGGUCCUGGAUUGGCUGAACGAUGAGAGGAUCGUGCAGUGGCUGGUCGACAUGAUCCACCCGGACCAGGAUGAAGCUCAACACUCCAACGCAUCCCAGUUCCUGUGUGACAUUGUCUGUCUGAGUCGGGAGCAGAUGCUUCGCGUGCAGGACGGUGCUGAGCCCGACCGGCUGCUGGCCACACUGGAGAAGCAGGAGACCGUGGAGCACCUCCUCGGCAACCUGUUCCAGGGGGCCCUGAGCGAGUCUGUGAUCGUCAACGGCAUCCAGGUCAUUCUGACCCUGUUGGAGUCUCGGAGGCCCAGGGCAGACAGCAGAGGCGUGGGCAGCUUUCCCUGCAGUGUGGAGGACCGGCUGGAGCUGGUGCCCCCGGGAGGCCCCGACAGCCCCCUGACCAGCCAGCCAAGCUGGGCACUCUUGAGAGCCCUGAGGCGGUGGCUUGGCCACUUCCACCAGUUGCUCCUGGAGCCCCCCACACAGGAGACCCUGCACACGACCUGGGGGAGCCUGCAGCCCCCGUCGGGUAAUACUCGGCUGCAUGUGGUGAAGCUCUUGGCCAGUGCCCUGAGCACCAACAAUGCGGCUCUGACGGGAGAGCUCCUGGGGAUGGACACGCUGAACACCAUGCUGGACCUCUUCUUUACUUACGUCUUCAAUAAUUUUCUGCACUCUCAAGUGGAGACGUGGGUGAGCAGUGUGUUGAGUACUGGACCGUCGCCGUCCUCCCCUUCUCUUGGCUUCCCCGGUGUGGCCUGGCCUCUUCCCACCCCAGUCUCCUUCUCUUUCCCGUAGCUGCUCCAGAAAUGCCGACUGGUGGAGAGGAUCUUGGGUGCCUGGGAGGAGAACGACAGAGUGCAGUCAGAGGGCGGCCGGAGGAAGGGCUACAUGGGCCAUCUGACGCGCAUCGCCAACGCCGUGGUGCGGAGCGCCGAGAAGGGCCCCAACGCCGUGCUGGUGGGGCAGCUGCUUCCAGAGCUGCUGGGGAAGCAGCAGCAGCUGUGGGAGCAGUUCGUGUUGGGGCCUCUGUCCGAGACCAACCAGAAGAACACGGUUGACCUGGUCAGCACCCACAACUUACACUCCUUCAGCGACGACGAGGACGGGGGUCUGAAGGGCUUCGGCUUUCCCCAGGAGGCUGUGCUGCAGCAGGCCUUCAUGGACUUUCAGAUGCAGCAGAUGACCUCGGCCUUCGUAGAUCAUUUUGGUUUCAACGAUGACGAAUUUGGGGAGCAGGAGGAGAACGUGAACGCCCCCUUCGACAGGAUGGCCAGUAUCACCUUCUCCCUCAGCGCAGAUGAUGAGAGCGUGACCAGCUCUGCCGCUGUCCCCUGGCCCAGCGCCAGCCUGUUUGAGCUCUGCUGCAAGGAGAGGCUCCAUCAGUUUGACGAGGACGACGAGGAAGGCCUGGGCUCGGGGUACUUGGAUGGGGAGGAUGCCAUGUGGCAGGAUGGAUGGCGGGGCUGGGCCCGUAGUGUGAGGAGCGGCGGCAGCACAGACAGCGAGGAGGAGGAGGAGGGAGAAGUCAGGGAGACCAUGGGAGGGCUUGUCCCACCCUUCUUUAGCUUUUCCAACCCAGAGCCCCCUGGGACGCCUCCCCAAGGGCUGAGGAAGCAGAUCCUCUCUGCCUCUGUGGACUCGUCCCUGGGUCCCCCAGGCUCCCCUGACCCCCCCUGUGGCCGUGCGACUCGGGGUGCUGACGCCUUGUCAGACAGGCCAAAGGACCCUGCCCCAGCCACUGCUGCAGGAACGCCUCAGGAAUCGACCAACGCCAGUGUAGUGGCCUGCUGCUGCCAAGCUGCCAGGCAGACCGCAACCCCUCUCAGUGCGAUGCGAGUGCUUCCAAGACCCCCCUGCCAGGACAGUGAACUGCCAGUGCUGCCCAGUGGUCCUGCUCCAGGGGGGCCCCCUCCCUCUCCAAACACCAAGUAAGCAGCAGCGUUGGGCAGGUGGGGGGCAGGAUAGGCCCCUCCGGUCUUAUCCAUCUUUUCCCAGAUAACCUGUCCUGUGGGGGUUGUCGUCCUGCGGACUGCCGCUCCCGGCUGACCUGUCCACGUCAACACCACCACCCCCGUCUGUUGUGUGUCAGCCCGCGCCGGUGACAGAGACUCACACCGAGCUCUGUCCCCUGAGCCUGGCUGCUGGAAGCGAAUGCUGGGAGUGGUACGUGGGCAGGGAGAGGUCGGCCUGGAUCCCCACCUGCCCCUCCCCUAGCCCUGUUUGCACUGAGAACAUGAGGAGUGUUGAUUCCAGAGAGAGGGAGUCCAAUAGAUGCAUUCUCUCUUCUCCAGAUGUUGGAGUUACAACAGCAGCUGAGAAAGGGGUGGGGGGGGAGGAAUUUGGGGGAGUCCCACAAGAAAUAAAACAGGUGGUGUGUGCCCACCACUAUUCCAGAGGGCCGCCCAGGCCUCAGAGGCUUGAAGAGGUCCCAGAUGGAAGACUGUGCCUUGCCUUGUGGGACGGGGUGGGAGCCCUCACCCCUCCCAGUGCCCCCAUCAUCUUGGGGGGUGGGGUGCUUUUUUCUGCCCCAGAGGACCCUGGGGGUUUUGGGAUGAGAGUACGCUCCCAGUUGCUGGGGUUUUGGCCGUAGCUGCCAAGUGGCCUUGUUCCUCCUUGCCUGGCCUGUGUGUUAAGGCCAAGCCGUUUUCAUAUUCCUGGCCUAAAUAAAAAUUUAAAAAGGUU